AUGCCACUGGGAGAAGGCCGGUGUGCUGGCACGGAGCCGCACCACCCGCUGACGACUGGCAAGCGCGACGAGGGCGAGGACGAGGCCAAUGCAGCCGCCGCCGGCGUGUUUCAGAGACAAGUCCUCUACUCUGACCCGGCCAUCGAAAGGAGGGUGUCGCAGACCCUCUCCGGAUUCUUCCACACCCACCACUCAGGCAGCAGUCUCUGUUUCAGUAAUUUGUCCGGGGAAGGCGCCCCUCUGGUCGACCCUUUGCUCCCUUUUCUUCGCGGGAGCUACGCUAGGGUCAAGCUCGAACAACGCAUCAACAACCUUCUCCUCUGCAAAUGCAAGGAAUCGCAAUAA